CAUUAACACUUUUCACAUUAACAACAACAUAACUCUGCUGGUGACACUGCUGGUCAGUCAACUCCACCUUCUCAAGAGCUCACACAUCUCCCACAUCAGCGCUCGACGCGGUCUAAAGAGUAAGAAGAGAAGCUCAUCGUUGAGAAAAGCCGCGGGGGAACUUAUCUGAAGAUGAUUUGAAGAUCGGCUGCUCGGGAAUAUUGUGAUCCAUGAAUGAAGAUGGGGAGUAUUUCUGUCAAAACUGUAUGUAAAGGCACGGCGCUUCUGAUCUUUGUCAUUCUUCGGGGGUUGAAUACACAGACUGAUACAGAUAUCACAUCACUCCCUGUCACUUCAAACAUUUCUUCAACUGAGCUCGAAACAGAGUUUCCUCAAACACAUCCUACAACAGCCCCAGCCACAAUAAGCACUCUUUCAACUGAGUCUCAAACAGAUGUCCCAGCAGCUUCUGCCACUACAAGCUCUCCCUCAACUGAGAUUCAAACAUCAGCUCCUAUAACUCCUGCCACUUCAAGCUCUCCUUCAACUGAGUCUGAAACAUCAGCUCCUACAAAUAUCACAUCACUCCUUGUCUCUUCAAACAUUUCUUCAACUGAGCUCGAAACAGAGUUUCCUCAAACACAUCCUACAACAGCCCCAGCCACAACAAGCACUCUUUCAACUGAGUCUCAAACAGAUGUCCCAGCAGCUUCUGCUACUACAAGAUCUCCCUCAACUGAGAUUCAAACAUCAGCUCCUAUAACUCCUGCUACUUCAAGCUCUCCUUCAACUGAGUCUGAAACAUCAGCUCCUACAAAGCCAGAUGUGAUCAGGAAUCUCACAGUGACCGAAAUCACAACAUCAUCUGUGUUUCUGACAUGGGAAGAACCAGCCGGAAAUAGAUCUUUCUUUAAAAUUAAUUGGACUGAUGAGAAAACAUCUAAUCAUGUAACAACCAAUAACCUAUCGUAUAACAUCACUGGUCUGACUGCUGGAGUCAAUUACACAUUUAUCAUCACAGCUGUUGCAGCAGAUAAAUCAACAGAAGGAGAAUCAGUGGUUACCUCUAAAUAUACAAAGCCAGAUGUGAUCAGGAAUCUCAGAUUGUCUGAAAUCACAACAUCAUCUGUGUUUCUGACAUGGGAAGAACCAGCCAGAAAUAGAUAUUUUUUUAUACUUAAUUGGACUGAUGAGAAAUUGGACUUGACCAGAAAUUCAAUAGAAACUACUAACACUUCCUAUAACAUCACUGGUCUGACUGCUGGAGUCAAUUACACAUUUAUCAUCACAGCUGUUGCGGCAGAUAAAUCAACAGAAGGAGAAUCAGUGGUUACCUCAAAUUAUACUAAGCCUGACGUCAUAAUGAACCUCACAGCUGUUGAUAUUACAACAUCCUCUGUUUUACUAAACUGGAUUAAACCAAAUGGCCAAAGCUCCCGUUACCGUGUAGAAUAUGAAAAUAACAGUGUGACUACUGAAAACACCUCCAUCGAGAUAAAUGAUCUGAUUCCUGGAGAGCAGUACACAUUCAGAGUGUUUGCAGUUGCAGCUGAUCAUGUGACCGAGGGGAGAGCCAGACAGAUUUCACUUUAUACCAAUCCGGAUGUUAUCAGGAAUCUCACAGUGAACAACAUCACAAGCUCAUCUGUGUUUCUGACAUGGGAAGAACCAAUAGGAAAUAGAUCUUUCUUUAAACUUAAGUGGGCUGAUGAUAAAACAAGUGGAAAUUCAACAGAAACUACUAACACUUCCUAUCACAUCACUGGUCUGACUGCUGGAGUAAAUUACACAUUCUGCAUCACUGCUGUUACUGCAGAUAAAUCAGCAAAAGGAGAAACUGUCUGCAGAUCACAAUUUACUAGUAUGCAAAGUUCUAAAAUACAUGUUUCUUACUACAAAGCACAUUUAAACUACUUGACUAUCAUGGGUGGCUGUUCAAGGCAUGGAAAGAAAUGGGUUCAGUAUCAGUCUAGUUGCUAGCAGUACCUCUAUUAAUCCAAAGAUAAGAACAGACAAAGAACUGAACAGAACUGGGGGUAUAAAUACACAGGGAAAAUGAGAGAGAAAACAAGGAACAGCAGGACUAAUCAAUUAACAAAUAAGUAACUAUAGAAACAAAUGAGAGCAUACUUAACCUAGAAAACAACUUAACAAAAAAAAUAAAAUAAAAAUACGUGAAAGGGACACCAGGAACAACUGAACAAACUAAACGUAAAACUAAGAGUCUCUGAACAGACACACACACACACAAAAAAACAUAUUAACCAAUAUUUCUUUCAGGUAAUUUGUAAAAGCACUAGAGUUCUUCCCAUGUCAAGC